AUGAAGGAGCUGGAUACUGUGGGUCUGGCUAAUGUCGCUACAGUCCCUCCGAUGCGGAUGGUCACAUCAAAUGAAUUCUCUGCAUUUGCAAAUCACAAUAGGCAAGUCUGCAGCACAUGGGGAAAUUUUCACUUCAAAACAUUUGAUGGAGAUGUCUUCCACUUUCCUGGAACCUGCAAUUAUGUCUUCUCCUCCCAUUGCAAGGGGAGUUAUGAGGACUUUAACAUCCAAUUCCGACGUUCUUUAAAGAAUGGGUUCCCAGUCAUCAGUCAUAUUACUAUGGUGGUGGAAGGAGUGUUGGUGGAGAUGUCCAAUAAAUCAGUUAUGAUUGAUAGAGUACUAGUGCAAGAGCUGCCCAUAGAUAAAUUUGGGGUUCGUAUUACUAGAAUGGGCAUAUUUUUGAAGGCUGUCGCCAAAGCUGGUGUGACGCUUAUGUGGAAUCAAGAAGAAAGCAUGACGCUGGAGCUAAGUACUAGAUAUGUCAACCAGACAUGUGGAUUAUGUGGUGACUUCAAUCAAGUUAGUGGAGAUAGUGAGUUCAGUUUCAAUGGAAUAAAGCUCAGUGCUGUGGAGUUUGGUAAUUUACAAAAGCUGAAUGGUCCAAAUGAAGACUGCAAAAAUCCACCCCUACCCACAGAAAGUAGCUGCUCAGACAAGGAAGAGAAAUGCAAGAAGGUUCUCACAUCCCCAGCCUUCUCCAGAUGCAACGAACUUGUAGAGCCUAUGGCUUACAUAGAUGCCUGUGUGCGUGACUUGUGUAGUUGUGACAGUAAAGUGCAAGACUUCUGCAUUUGUAACGUAUUUGCGGAGUACUCUCGUCAGUGUGCUCACUCUGGAGGUCAUCCUGGGAACUGGCGAACAUCAGAACUCUGCUUUAAACCUUGCCCUUAUAACAUGGUAUAUCAAGAAUGUGGGUCUCCCUGCGCUGAUUCCUGCUCAGAUCCCGAGAGGUCAAUACUGUGUGAUGAUCAUUGCUUCGAUGGAUGUUUUUGCCCCAAGGGGACUGUGGUUGAUGAUAUAAACCAUACUGGAUGUGUCCCUCACGAUGAAUGCUUCUGUGUUUAUAAUAAUCAGAAAUAUUCUCCAGGUUCGUCAUACAGUACUUCAUGUCAUUCAUGCACAUGUUCCAGAGGGAAGUGGAAUUGUACAGAGUUUCCUUGCACGGGAAGUUGUUCUGUGGAGGGUGGAUCACACAUUACUACAUUUGAUCAGACUCAAUAUACCAUUCACGGGGACUGCAGUUACGUGCUCGUUAAGCCCACUAACAGCAGUGAUUUCACUGUUCUGGUGGAACUGCGUCCAUGUGGUUCAAGCAUCACCAGUUCUUGUCUCAGGAGCGUGACACUAAGUCUACAAGGUGCACAAACAAGUGUUACUAUUAAAUCAAGCGGCAAUGUGUUCCUUAAUCAGAUUAACACCCAACUUCCAAUUUCAAUUGGCAGCCUUACAGUCUUCAAACCUUCAUCUUUUUCCAUCAUUGUAGAGACAGGGCGUGGAGUCCAGCUGCAAGUGCAGAUCACACCAAUUAUGCAGCUAUAUGCAAUUUUACAUCCCUCAUAUCAGGAUAAAACUAGUGGGCUUUGUGGCAAUUUCAAUAACGUCCACAACGAUGACUUUAAAGUGGCCAGUGGAGUCAUAGAAGGGACUGCAGCAGCAUUCGCCAACACAUGGAAGACUCAAUUCAACUGUCCCAAUAUCAAAAACAUUUUUGAAGAUCCAUGCUCUCUCAAUAUGGAAAAGGGGAAAUAUGCCGAACAUUGGUGCUCUCUUCUCAUUGAUUCUCUGGGACCUUUUGCUCCAUGUCACAGCCUGGAGAAUCCACUCAAGUACUAUUCGACUUGCGUUUAUGACACUUGCAGCUGUAAGGACAGUGAGGAGUGCAUGUGCGCGGCUCUGUCAUCAUAUGCCUAUGUGUGUGCGAAAAAAGGAGUUUCUCUCAUAGGAUGGAGAGAAAGAGCUUGCAACAAAUAUACCAUAAAUUGUGGGAAUUCCCAAGCAUACAGCUACAGUGUUACUCAAUGCCAACAGUCCUGCCGAGCCCAGAGUGAGAUUGAUGUGACCUGCGCCAUUACGUUCUUCCCUGUGGAUGGCUGUGUUUGUAGAAAUGGAACAUACAUAGAUGACCAUGGGGUUUGUGUCCAACCUAGCUCAUGUCCAUGUUAUUAUAAUGGAUUAGCAAUGGAAUCAGGAGAGACGGCCCUGGAACAUGGAGUCUUGUGCAUGUGUAACCAGGGCCGGUUGAAUUGUAUGGGUGCAAGAAAGGAUCAACCAGAAUGCUUGCAGCCAAUGGUUUAUGUCAACUGCAGCAGUGUCACAAGGGGUACCAAGGGAGUUGAGUGUCAGAAAAGCUGUCACUCAGUGGACAUGGACUGUUUCAGCUCUCAGUGCAUUUCAGGCUGUGUAUGCCCUGAAGGGUUAGUUUCAGAUGGUGUUGGAGGAUGUAUCGCUGAGGAGGAAUGUCCAUGUAUCCAUAAUGAAGCCAUAUACCACCAGGGAUCAACCAUUACAGUUGGUUGUAACACUUGCACAUGCAAAACCAGGAAGUGGCAAUGUACCCGUAAAGCCUGUUUGGGUACGUGUGCGGUUUAUGGUGACGGGCAUUACAUAACCUUUGAUGGAAAACAUUACAGCUUCAGUGGAAACUGUAAAUACACACUGGCACAGGACCAUUGUGGACAGAGCAAUAACAAAAUCUCUUUUCGGGUCAUCACAGAGAAUGUUCCAUGUGGAAGCACGGGCACUACCUGCUCCAAAAACAUCCAAUUCUUCUUGGGGGAUUUAGAGCUUCUCCUUAAUGAGGAAAGGAUCGAGAUGGUUCAGAGAGGUGACGCAAACAUUAUAAAGUAUGAAGUCCAACAAAGGGGCCUAUUCAUGGUCAUUAUAGCUGAGAAUGGAUUAACCCUGAUGUGGGACAGAAAAACCAGCAUCUUUAUCAAGCUCAGUUCAGACUUCAAGGGAAAGGUCUGUGGACUUUGUGGUAACUAUGAUGGGAAUGCAGUCAAUGACUUCACCACCAAGAGUCAAUCAGUUGUAGAAGAUUUGCUAGAGUUUGGAAAUAGCUGGAAACUGGACUCCAGUUGUCCAAAUGUUUUUGAAAACAAGGAUCCAUGUUUUGCCAACCCAUACAGAAAGCCUUGGGCACAGAAGCAGUGUGGACUAAUCAUUAGCAAUGUCUUCCGUUCCUGUCACUCUCAGGUGGAUCCUAUAAAAUAUUAUGAGUCCUGUAUUCACGAUGCAUGCGCCUGUGACACUGGUGGAGACUACGAGUGCUUCUGUACGGCUGUGGCCUCAUAUGCCCAAGCUUGCAGCGAAGCUGGAGUUUGUAUCAGUUGGAGAACUCCAACUAUAUGCCCCUUGUUUUGUGAUUAUUUUAAUACCCCUGGGGAGUGCGCAUGGCACUAUAAACCAUGUGGCCCACGCUGUAUGAAGACAUGUAGAAAUCCUAAAGGAGAGUGUCAAUAUGACUUAGUGGGCAUUGAAGGUUGCUAUCCAGCCUGCCCUGCUUCCAAACCCUACUUUAAUGAAGAUACUCUGAAGUGUGUCUCUAAAUGUGGCUGUUAUGACAAAAAAAGGAUCUUUUAUGUAUAUGGAGAAAAAGUACCAUCACAAGAAAACUGUCAAUCUUGUGAGUGUACGAGAAAUGGAGUUGUAUGCAAUUAUAAUAUAAGAGAAUGUCGCUGUGAAAGUAAAGGUCAAAUAUUCUAUUACAAUGAUGUCAUUCAAAUAAUUGAUGAUGAUGAUGAUGGCGGUGGUUGCAAAGAGCUGUUGUGUGAUGUAAAUGGAACAAUUAUAACUCUAAGUAGCAAAUGUGCAACAAGAGGACCCAGUCAUGAACCACAGCACUUCAGCACUACUGAAAAAAUGUCUUCUCCUUCAAGUCAGAUUUCAGAUCAAAUAUCAACUCCUGCCACUGCAAUGUUAACGACUUCAGCAAGUCAAAGUGGUGUUCCACUGUUCACUUUGCAAACCAAAACAUCUUCAACUACAUUUACUACUACAGCUAUUCCAGUAGUCACAACUGAGUCUUCAAAUUUACUUUUAACAUCGGGUUCAUCAGUGACCCUAGUAAAUUCAAAAAGCACAUCUCCUGAAACAGCUAAAUCUACCAGGAAUUCAUUUCUAACCCCUUUUACUACCAAACAAAUGUCAGUCACAACAACGAGGAAAUCCAGUGCAGUACUAGGAACAACAUUUUCAGAAGAAUCAUCUAAAGCUUGUAUUCCUCAGUGCCACUGGACAGGAUGGUUUGAUGAAAACCAGCCACAUUUAGAUAACGAAGGUGACAGAGAAAGCUAUGAGAUAGCCGAGGCUACCGGCAAAUCCAUCUGCAGAAGUAAAAGACACGUCAAAAACGUUCAAUGCAGGGCUCAAAUGUACCCAGAGACAUCAUUUGAUGAACUGGGUCAGGUUAUACACUGUAACCAAUCAGUAGGUUUAAUAUGCAGGAAUGAAGACAACAGACAUACUUUAAUGUGCCUUAACUAUGAGAAACGCACUAAAACCUUCAGUAUCAUUGGUUACGAGGCCUUCGAAUCUCUCUUCACAAAGCAGAGAGACAUUCAGUUCUUCUCUGGCAACUUCUAA